AUGGAAGCAAAGUGCAGCUUCUUGCUUUCGGUAUGCGUGCUCGCUACCUGCAUUGUAGCAGGGACAAGUAGCCCGAACACCACAGGCUUCCUUGCACAGCCCCAUAUGGUGAACCACUCGAACACCACUGGCCCCGUCCCACAGAACGUGAGUGAUGUCAAGAGCGUGCUUCUGGACCUUGCGAAGAAGAAUAUCACCUUACAGGACAUGCAGGACAUUCUGGCAAAGGUUGGCGCUGACUCCAAAACAAAGGACUGGGAUACCUGCACGAGUAGGUGCAGGUCUGAGUACAAUUCGUGCACCAACGCCGGGAUCUUGGGUCUCCGCAUUUGUCAAAUUUUUUACAGCGGGUGUGUUGCGAUCUGUGCGAACGAGUGA